ACCUAGCAAGUGGUCAACCACCUGUCAGACCUAAACAGUUUGAGACUGUCAUGUGUGGUUUCUUGACGGGUCUGAAUGCUCUUCCUGGCAGUGUGGUAUACCCAGACAGAGCAGGAGGCUUUCACUAUGAGGGAAGUGGAACACUCCUGUCCAUCACUAGCAACAGAUUCCUACACUGGUCAGUGGAACCAGGUGUUUGUGCAGCCUGGCCCUGAGGAAGAGGUCCACAUCGGCACAGACCAGGACCCCAGGGAGACCUACCUGGACAUGCUCUUCUCCCCCCUGAGAUUCACUGCCUCUGCUAUAGUCAAAGCCCUUCAGAUUUACAGGAGAGGCACAGAGAGAAUCACUGACCCACAGACCCUCAAGAAAGAGUUGACGGUCACUGUGGAGGGGGAGCUGCAAAACAGUGACAGAGUUUGA